AUGCCUCGGACAGCACCGCUCCCGGGGUCCGCCGCGCCUGCGAGCAGCAUGGCCCGGAUUAGGUACCUCCGCGCGGCUGUCUCGGGCUUUUAUCUGUGGGAAGCUGCGCUACUUCUCAGCUUGGUAGCCACAAAGGAAACGGACAGUGCAAGAUCUCGUAGCAUGCCAAUGUCACCAUCGGAUUUCCUGGAUAAGCUAAUGGGUAGGAUGUCAGGCUACGAUGCAAGGAUCAGACCAAAUUUCAAAGGUCCUCCAGUUAAUGUCACAUGCAACAUAUUUAUAAACAGCUUUGGGUCCAUUGCAGAGACAACCAUGGAUUACCGAGUGAACAUCUUUCUCCGUCAGAAUUGGAAUGAUCCACGCCUUGCAUACAGUGAAUAUCCAGAUGACUCUUUAGAUUUAGAUCCAUCCAUGCUGGAUUCAAUUUGGAAACCUGAUUUGUUCUUUGCUAAUGAAAAAGGUGCCAACUUUCAUGAAGUUACAACAGAUAAUAAAUUGUUGCGGAUUUUCAAAAAUGGAAAUGUACUUUAUUCCAUCAGGUUGACUUUAAUACUGUCCUGUCCGAUGGAUCUCAAAAAUUUUCCAAUGGAUGUGCAAACAUGUAUAAUGCAGCUGGAAAGCUUUGGAUAUACAAUGAAUGAUCUCAUUUUUGAGUGGCAAGAAAAGGGAGCAGUUCAAGUAGCAGAAGGUCUCACUCUGCCACAGUUUCUGUUGAAAGAAGAAAAGGAUUUAUGUUACUGCACCAAGCAUUAUAAUACAGGAAAGUUUACAUGUAUUGAAGUCCGAUUUCACCUUGAGAGACAGAUGGGUUACUAUCUCAUCCAGAUGUACAUACCAAGUCUAUUGAUUGUGAUUCUCUCCUGGGUGUCAUUUUGGAUCAAUAUGGAUGCAGCUCCAGCCAGAGUGGCUUUAGGCAUAACAACUGUGCUGACCAUGACAACACAAAGCUCAGGUUCACGAGCAUCUCUUCCAAAGGUGUCAUAUGUCAAAGCCAUUGACAUCUGGAUGGCAGUGUGUCUGCUGUUUGUAUUUUCUGCACUUCUGGAGUAUGCAGCUGUAAACUUUGUGUCAAGGCAGCAUAAAGAACUUCUGCGCUUCCGCCGCAAAAGGAAGAAGAGCAAGUAUUUUGAGGGAAUUCUUGAUGGAAAUGAAAUCAGUGAAUCAUUACAGCAUAGCAAUGGCUUGAGAUGUACAGGACCUAUAGACGGGACUUUGCCUCAAAUCUACAGUACAAAUUUAAGGGAUGAUGAUGCACGUGAAAGUCAGUUUAGCUUUACAGCAUAUGGAGUGGGCCCAUGCGUGCAAGCAAAAGAUGGAAUGACACAAAAGGGGCCAAAUAAUCCUGUUCAAGCUGUACCAAAAAGCCCUGAUGAGAUGAGAAAGGUAUUCAUUGACCGGGCCAAGAAAAUAGACACAAUAUCCAGAGCUUGUUUCCCGUUAGCCUUUCUGAUUUUCAACAUUUUUUAUUGGGUAAUUUACAAAAUCAUCAGGCAUGAGGACAUUCACCAAUAACAAGACUAAGGCUUGCAAUACAUAAAGAUCUGGCUGUCACACUCGACCAGAAGCUUUUUUUUAGAAAUGCACAUCAGAGGAGUGACUGGAAGAGUUAAAAACACUGAGGUGGUGAAAAAAGAUCCUGCGUGGACUUCAAUGACCAGGAUGGAAGAAUGACACCCAGAAAAGAUACACCUGCUAUUGCAAACUUUCCUUGUAAAGCUAAAUAUUAACAAAUUUUUCAUUGUAAAUCACUCUCUACUGAACCUUUACUGCCAAGUAUUGAUACAUACUGUUACACAGUGGUAUAACUGUACAGUACUCUCUGAUGUUCCUUAAUUUUUUUUUUUUAAUUCUGAUGUAUUUUUAAUUUUAAAAAUGGUUCCUGAGUACCCUAGGUAAAUCUCACAGUAUUACAGAAUAGAUUAGUGUUUGUAACCUUGAUUUCAAUUUUACAAUAUAAUGACAAAUUACUGAUUGGAGAAAACAAUUUAAAGGACUUGAUCUAGUCUUAAGGACAGUACUGGUGGUUUUGCAAUGAAUAUAUUUGAGUCAUAUUUAAGUCAUAUAAUUUACUAAAUGUAUAUUACUGUUCCCGUUUGUUGAAAUAGUCUCUGUCAGCACAAAGUAUACAGCCUAAUAGUCUGCCUAUCCAAUGAGAAAUAUAUUAAAAUUUGUAAGGUAUUGACUCCUGCAAAGGAUUUUUUUUCCUUUUAAUUACUCACACUUUGAUAAUUGAAACAUAUUUUUUAAUAUUUUUUAUAUUUUAAGGGUUUUUUUCCUCAAUUCAUAAAACUCAUGCAGCUAGUGAAAUAGACAAACUACAUCAAAAUUUUGCAAUACUUCACUUUGAUUCAAUGCAAAGAGAUCUUGGACCAAAACUGAAAGCAAGUAGUGAACUCCACUGAAGCAUUUGGAGGAUGAACACAGUUAUGUUUAUGCACAUUCAUCUCCUACAUGUUACAUAAAUAUAGGAAGCUUAAUUUAUGAAUAUAUCAAGUUUUCUGACUCAUGCUUUGAAGUUUAUUGAUAUAACUUAGAUAUUACUUAAGAAGCACUUUACAACUUUGGAGAAACAUGAAGCUCAUCUAAAACAUAAAAAAGGAUCUGGAUGGUCUUUUAUAUUUACUGUAUUUCACAUUAAUAAAUAGGAGAACAACCAUUAAAAUUCUUAGAAAAAUCUUCCCUGUUUAGGUUUAAAUAAGUCAUUUUAGUUGCUUCUUUGAAUUGUAACACCAUAGAUCAAUCUUGUCUAUUGGAAAACAAAACUAUGCUAAGAUAUGAAAAUGCAUCAUUUAGAAUUAUUAGAUACUCUAAGUCCAGUAGCUGAGGCUGAUUCUCAUUGCAAAAUAUUUUUAUUUUGAACAGGUUUAAAAUUUUUGGUUUGUUGUUUAUCAGAAUGUGUAUACAAAAGCAAAAUCAGCUGGAAACAAACAUCUGUUGCACUGCCAAAGGCAUGGUGCAUACGAAGAAGCAGUAGCAAUGUAACUCUGCACUGAGUAAUAUAGCAACCUUGGCUUUGGUUUGUUAUUGUUUUCCUCCAAAGAUUACUUAGAGAGAUUCUUUUAUAGUUUUACUUCACUUAUGAUCUAAAAUUAAUUCAAUUUACUUAAAUUAUUUUUUUUCUUGCUGAGAUGGUGUCUGCUUUUUGUUGAUCUAUUUAUGUGCAUGUUCCAAAAUAUCAUGUUCACUUAUGAAGGUGCUCCUCUGUGUGAGGAGGUGUCAUGAACUAAUGGUUGAUAUUUCGGUUGAGUUAUAUUCACCUCUCUCAAAUGUCAUUAACUGUAUUGUAUGAAAAGGGAUGUUAAUUUGCUUCUAUUAGUAGCAAAGUCAACAGUAUUUUGUUUAAGGGCUGUUUUCAAAUGCACAUAACUUUUGGCAUAUCAUUCUGCUGCCCUCAGGUGAGUAAAGAUGUUCUAUUUUGAUAUAAUGGAACCAAGAUCUCUCCUGAACUGGUUUUAUGGGUUGGUUUUUUUCUCUUACUUUUGCCAAGGUAACAGAGGCCUCCGCAGUCCACUAAUAAUGUGUUUUUCAAAAGAAAUAAUAACUUAAAAUUCAAUUUUCACUUAGAUUAUUCCCAAAUGACUUAGUGUAAAGGCACAUGGUAAAGAAAGAGAGAAAUGUCAUUUGAGAUGAUAAGAAACUUCAAGGCACAAACGCCUGCUGUUCACCACUGACUAGGGGAAAAGUCCAAAACUGCCAGCUGGCAUGCCAGCCCUCUUUACAAAGCUAGAAUCAAUAGCUACAGACAUCAGCUAAGAUUAGUGUGGGAGUUGAUUCUUUUGUAACUUUAUAGUGAAGCAGCAGAGAAUACUAUUAAGAUGCAAGAAUUGAAGGUACUCUGCGGUGUUUGUCAGGCUGCAGUAUUCGUGCUACAGUCCCAUGAAAGAGACAGUGGAGAAGCAGAAAAAUAGUUAUCAAGGAAAUAAUGCUUGAGGCAGAUGGUAUCUAGCAGGGGUCCAUCCACAUAUAAAUAAGAAUCCAUUAAUUAGGCUGAAGUAGAUAGCCACCUCAUUUCACUAUCACUGGACCAGGCCUGAGUACAAGUCCUUAGCAAACAACAAGGCUUCUUUUAAGCACAACCCCUGUAUGAAAGGCUCAUGUAGCUUUGUCCAAAGUCAUUAUUCACCACAGGUGCAGACCCUGUAGUUCUCAGGUCAUGUUUUUGUGGUCUCUGUAGUCCAGCCCUGUACUUUCAAAAUAAAAUACUGAUACUAGAAGGACAUUGGAACACAAUGAAAAGAGAGGGAGGCACCAUAGGAUCUGGAGGAAUACCCCAAUAACACAGCUACUAAAGAACUGGCACAGUCACUUCAAAGGGAAAAAAGGAAGGAUGAGACAUCCUUAUUAUUUUUCCCAGUCUCACAGUAUCCUUGCCAUAGGUACAACUGUUCAGGCAGGAGCAGUAGCUGCAGGGAGAAACAGUUUAUAUCAACUGCUACAAAGUAUAUAUUGUUUUCUGAGAGCAGUUUCUACCUGUGCAGAUUGACUUCCUCACCAUCCGCUUUCCUAAUGUAAAGAGAAGCAAAAUAGGAAGGAACAGGAUGAAAAGUGUGGGCUGUGCAUAGCAUAACAGGGGUCACAGGAAGAGAGAAAUCCCAAAGCAGAGCCGGGAACCUCUCAUAUGAUUGUCUUUUCUUCCUCUACUAAAAAGAGAUGUGGCCCAAUCCGUGUCACCCCUCAUAAUGCCAAAAACUCCAGGACUGAGAGAGGAUAAGAAAGGUCCCUUUGAGGUGAGUAGAAUUACUGAACUACCACAGUACCAAACUCCUGCUUAAAUUCGAAACAGCAAAAGGCAUUUUAUUUUUAAAAUUAUAUUCAAAUACCAACACAAUGCGCUCUCAUUGUUAGAGGAAUGGCUUUUUUUCUCUAUAAUGCUAACAAACUAUAGGAGGCUUGAAGGUGUUUUACUAUUUGGAAUUCAGCUAUUUUCUAAAGAAUCAUUUGUAGUGUCUGAGGGGUGAUUCUGUUUACUCACUAGACAGACAUUUAGGUGAUUUAGAUGUGCACUUUACAUUUAUGGAGUAAGGUAUUGCUUCCACUUUUUGUAUUAAUCCCUUACAGAACUGUAGGCUGAUAAUGUAGAUAAAAAUAGAAUAUAAUAAACUGUACAAAACCUUAUAUUUUUAACAGUAGGAAAAAAUAGAAAGUCUUCCUUAACCUUGGGGGGGGAAAAAGUAUUAUUUGUAGCAAUAAUUUUAUAUUAGAUGGAAAUAAAUUUAUUUAUACCAUUUCCAGCCCAAGCUAACAUGGUUGGCUGGAAAAGAUGUACUUUUGUGUAACUUCUGCUCUCAUUUGAGCUAUUAUAGGAAUUAAUCUAAUCCAACAGAGAAGAAUUUGGCCUUAAACUGUGAAACUGCUAAAUGAGCUCAUAGUGCUUACAGUACACCUGUGAGAUAAUAAAAUAACUUUAUCCACAUCUUACUGCACAAUCAUAUGGCUAUUUAGAUGACAAUUAUAUCAGACCUUCACAGCUCUUUUCCUUUUUGAGACAACUAAGAAGAAAAAUACAAUUCACAAACCAGACUACUUGUUAAUAAUAAAAUGAGUAUUCUGUUUUGGAGUGGUUAUGGAAAAGGUGUCUUCAGGCAACACACAUCACCUACAGUAAUUACUGAAGUACUAUCAAUUUGGAAGGCUUGUGGAAGCAGGUUAGAUUGCUAGAAACAGUGGGUUAAUGCCAGAAAAAAUGUUGGCUCAUCCUGUAUUCUUGACAUUCUGAAAUAUUACUGCACUUCUUCACUUUCAUCUUUGUGAAAUAUGCAAGAAACGUUUCUUAUGUUUGUAUUUUAAUGGAUGACAGAGUGAUACUAACAGAUGAAAUGGACUAAAGUAGCUACUGAUGCUCCAUGAAUGUGGAAUUGUGAGUUGUAUAAAAAGAAAUUGCACCAUAAGCUUUUGACAUAAAGGUUUAACAUAAUAUACAGUAUUUUGUGUGUUAGUGAUCCUGGCUUUUUAAAGGUUACAGCAAGAAAAAAGAAAAAUUUAUAUGAUAGUGUAUUAAUAACUUGUCUGUGAGUUUUCAAAAUAUUCUCCGUGAGUUCUGUCUGAUGGCAAUUUCAUCUCAAAGUACUUCCUUUUUGGUAAAAAUCUAUAAAUGUGUCGUGCAUGGUUUUAAUUAGAUUCCUUUUUGCUGUAUUACAGUAUCAUAUUGCACUUAAGCUGACAUUCUCUGCAGACAGAAGUGUUAAAAAUGUGAAAUUUAUGGUAACACCAGUAUCAUUGUAGAUAUUUUGUUCAAA